CCCGGCUCUGCGCUGGUCAAGUAAUUUUCAAACGGCCAUCGGUCCGCUUACAGAUCUUCAUUCUCAUAUAAUUUUCUCUCCGUCAGUUUAAUGGCAGCCGUUUCUCUCACUGCAGGGCUCGCCCAUGCGGCAGCUACACUGCCCAUCGCCUACUUCCCCCUGAACUACUACAAUGGACCCGAGCACAAGAUCUCAACCAACCUCGUCAUCGACCAGACCACCAUCGAGGUCGUGUACGACCUGGGAAGUGACACCUUCUGGACCUUUGGUCCCAAUUCCACCGAGAACUGGGGAUGCACCUCAUUGUUCUGCCCUGGUCCCUGUAAUGCCUCGGUCACGGAUUACUACAACUGGCCCGAAUCAUCGACAGCUAGCAAGCCGGAGCCCGCCGACUUCUUUGCCUCGUACGGUGCCUUCACCAAGUAUGUGAGUGGCGACAUGACCAUCAACGACACCUUCACCUUUACCUCCGUGGCCGGCCAAUCCAGCACCAUUCCAAACCUGGAGGUCGCCGUCGUCGACUACAUGCAGCAGCGCUUGGGAACCGAUGGGACGUGCACUGACAGUGGCUCCUACGAUCAUGGGAUUAUGGGGGUUGCGCCGUACCAGCAUUCGGCCUCGUGGAACACCAGCGGCCCCAACGUCCGUCAUGACCUUCUGCAGCAGGGUACCAUUGCCGCUCCGGUGCAUUGCAUGUGGUUCGAUGAAGCCCCGGAUAACGCCAACGGCACCUACACCGGAGGUGCCAUCAUGGGUGGCCUGGAUCUGUCCAAGUUCACAGGAGACCUGGUGGAGGUCAUCUCGGAGCUCGCCGAUCCAUCCGAACCCGAAGCCGCCUCGGUCGGAUAUUAUGUGCCCCCUCCCAUCAUCUCCGUGAAUGGCACCAUUGUGUCCGAUGUCGCAGCAGCCCUUGGAUCCCCGUGCCAGAUUGACUCUGGUACCAGCAUGGAUUCCCUCCCGAUCAGCAACCAGACUGCCUUCCAGCUGGCGACGGGUAUUGCCUCAACGCCUGAUGGAGCGCUCGCGUGGCCGGGUUCUUGCAGCUCCAUCCCUGCGGAUCUGUUUCUGGAUAUGGAGUUCCAGGGAAAGAAUGCCUCUCAGUCUGUUACCAUCAAGGUACCUCUACGGAGCUAUGCGAGGGAUGGAUAUGAUGUGCCAAGUGGAUAUUGUGCCUUGAGCUUGAGUUUGUCGGGGUGUCUGCUCGCAUCACCGUUCUCGACGGCGGCGUUCUUUGCGGCUGAUGAUGACAAGGGCAUGAUUGCGUUGGCCCAAGGUGGUAUCUCCAAGCGUGGUAGUGGUGUCGAUUACUCUCAGGUGGUUCAGAGCAUUCCGAUUUAGGGCAGCCGCUGCGUGGAGAGCAGUCCCCCUCCCCCGACUUAUUGGAUAGAUAGUUUUCAUGCCUUGUGUCUCCGCUUGUAAGAUGAUAGUAUUUUUUUUUUUUUUUUUUUUUUUUUUUUUUUUUUUUUUUUUUU